AUAUUAAUAAACACGAGGAAAAGGGUGGAGGUAUGAAGUACGAAGAAGACCAUCGCAGUCUCGAUGAUGACAAGGGUGAACAGGGUUACAAAGUAUUCGACGAGUUCGACAAGGGCGAGAAGGGACACCACGAUAAGGAAAAUCAUAAGAAGAGCUACGCCGAGAAGGAAGGCGAGGAGGAGACGAAGCACGAGGAGGCGGACCAUUACGACGAGAGCCACCGCGGCGAGGACGGUGAAAAGGCUGCGAAAUUUGACGAGGAAGGGAAACAUCAAAAGGGGUACAGUACCAAAGGCGAGCACAGUGUGUUCAAAAAGGACGAGUACGAGAAGAAACACGAUUUCUACGAUGAGUACCACGAAGACGGGGAGCACGAGAAACACGGCGGUUAUCACCACGAGCACGAGGGCAAGAAGGGUGGACACGAGAAGAAGGGACACACCGACUCUGCUCGCCGCGAGCAUCAUCACGGUAAGAAGAAGAAGCAGGAGGAGGGUCAUCAUCAUCGUAAGCAAAAGGGUCGCAAGCUCGACGAAGGUCACGAUAGUCACCAUCGACACGACAAGAAAUAUGGAAAUAAAGGUGGACACGAGUCAGGGAAGAAAUGGAUUACCAGUAGCGGUCACUAA